UUGAUCUAAUUCUCUGAAAUCUAUGCCCAAAUUCGACAGAUCGACGCUAACAACAUAGUGUAACUGACAAAUCUGACAAUAGCAACCGGUUCAUAUUACAAAUCAGAUAAACGGCACCGGUGGUGGGCCACGUCGUUCCAUAUCCGCUGCUCUUAGGGAUCUUGCGUCCCACUUCUUCUCGUCGGUUUAUGUUUUUGGAAUGCCGGAAUGGAAGUUGAUAAGAGGAGAGCAUCGUUGGAGACAGAAAAUAAGGACUUUGUAGAUAGUGGAGUGGUACUGAAUAAAGAAUAUGAGGGGUGCAUUAGGUGUUUGGAAUUGCAAGAUAAAUUAACAAAAGCUAAUGAUAAAUGUGGACUUUUAGAAAUAGGUAUGGGGGAGAAAAAUGCUGUAAUUGAGUGGCUAGAGUGUAAGGUUGGUUUAAUGGAACUGAAAAAGCUCGAACUUGAGGAUGAACUUAGAGUCUUGAAGGAAAGGAACCAAGAGCUUGAGAAGAGCAAUGGAAAUGGUGAGGAGGAAGACAAGGUUACACAGUUGAUGAUCGAAAAUAAUGUUUUGGAGUGUGAGAAGAGAAAGGCUGAAAGCGAGGUUGAAGUUUGGAAAGUGAAAUGUAAAAAACUGGAGUUGCAAGUGAUGGAGUUGGAGAAGAGACUGUCUGCAGGAAUGAUGAAAACGGGUUCGGGUUUGCCCGAGAUGUAUCAAGCCAAGACAAUUGACCUAGGUGGUCCAUCAGUUGUGCGGGCUGAAACCGAAAAUAAAGCGAAUGAGGAUAAGGAUGCAACAGGCAACCUUCCAGUUAAUACGCCAUCGUCUAUGCGGUAUAUAGGUGGUGAUGUAUUUAAAGGGCCGCCCCAAAAUAAAUUAAAGUCGAGAGUUAGAAAAUGCUUGGACUUUGCUGCAGACCGGAGGCCACAUAAGAAUAUUUCUCCCUCAACACCAGGUGGUAGACCUCCUUUUGUUCUACUUGGCAUUAGUGACAGCAGCGAUGAUCUUGACACUACUGAUGUGCAUUUACCCAAUGUUGAUAAUAAGGGAGGGAAACAGAUCUGCAGUUCAAGUUCGACCAAUGUUGGUUUAGGAAUUACUCUUGGUGAAAAGGAGUUGACCUCAAAAGAUAGGUGUGCAGCAGUUGUUGAACACCAGAUAGAUGAAGUGGAAACCAUUGGCUACAUUGGGAGACAGCCAUAUAUUCCAACGUCUAAGAGGAGAAAAGUUAGGAGAGGAGUUGCUUAUAUAGUUACUAGCGAGAGUGAAAACGACAAUGAUGACAAUAUUCCAAUUUGUAAACUUAGGAGUAAACAUCUGUCUGCACAUAAUUCAGAUAAUCUCCAGAACAGAAGAUCUGUGGAUGAUUCUUGUUCUGGGGACAACCGGAGGGAACUUACUCCUAGGCGACGCUUAAUUAGAGUGGGAAAUCUUGAACAUAAAGGUGUUUCAGGAAAAUGUUCUUAUAAAAGCACAGGAAGCCAAAAAAGUAUAGGAAUCCCUGAAAAAAUGAGUGACAUUGUGUGUGAAGAUGAUAUAGAAGAGGAUUAUUCAAGUAGUGAAGGUGAAAGUUUGGGCGGAUUUCUUGUUAGCACCUCAGAAGUUUCAAAAAGUGAUUCCUUCUCUAACCAUGAAGAUCUGUGUGAAAAUCUUGACACGCCCUCGGGUGAUUGGUCAUGUGACUCAGAACAUGUAUCUGAGAGUAGUAUGGAGUAUGAUGAGGUCAUAUCUGGUCUUCGAAGGGGGAGAAAAGACAAAAUGAAGUGGGAGUAUGAAGCAGAUAUGCUUGCUGAUUUUGGUAAACGCCCUGAACUAUGCAUGAAGGCAGUAUGUGCUCUUUAUCGCCAACAAACAUCUGAGGAGAAAUCUUGCAAAUCAGCUAUACUCCUUAAUGGACGAGGGUUCAGCCAAAUUCAUGCAUUUAGUGGCAGUGCCUUGGCUGAAUUUCUCACUGAUGGAGAUCCGCAUGGUGAUGUAAAGAAGUCGGUGGAAGAGCUGAAAGAAUUCGACGUGAAGGGGGUUGAGCAGUGCAGAAAAUUGGCAACACACUACUCUAAGCAAUUAUUUGAAAUCUACAAGAAUGAAGAAGACCCCUUUUUCCAUCCUUAAUGAGGUUUGGCUUCCGUAGAACAUGGUAUGUAGAUAUUUCCCAAAUGGUUCCGCAACUUAACUUAUUAUUGCUCCCUCCAAUGUAUAUAUCUUCUUCUCGACCAUUUCUAUGACUGGAUCACUUAUAUCAGAAAGCUUUUGUGCGAAGGCCUCUUCUAUUUUGACAUGUAAGAUUGAAUUCUAAGUUUCUUCGGUCAUUUCGACCAGUAUAAGCACCCUUCUGUU